UUAAGAAUACUUUAGCGAUUCUCCGGCGUUGAAAAUAAAAGUUACCGAAUCCUGUAAGGAACUGCAAUUCAUGUAAUAAACUUUUCAAGUUGUAACAGGUUACAAAAUUGAAUGUUGAAUUUAGUUUGCAGGCUUUGCAGCGCGCAUGCGCGAGUAAAAGCGGUACCCUGGUGACAGUACUCUGAAGUGCUACUGCACUGCCUAGUGCCUAGUGUUUGCGGUCGCCGGAGCGCUGCGAAAAUGUCAGCUCGCUGGUAGUGAAUUGGUAAAUUGGUAAUCAGUGGUGAUCAUUGGUGAUUCACGCUCGGCUUGUCUCGCGCGCGCGUCAAACGACUGGGGCUGGACGGCUGUACGCUGCACGUCCCGUGUCCCGUGCCACCGAGACGAAGACGAUCGACCACGUUCUGCUCGGAUUGCGAGCAGGAUGAUGGAGGAACCACUGAGCCAAGGUGCCUCGCCGUCCAGCGGUGGCAACCUUUCGGUGGGUGGUGCCAGUGAACUCAAUUCGACCACCAUAGUCAGUCUAGAUGAGAGGAUAUUGGAUAUCACAUCGCGACACAGCUUAAAUGUCCUUAGAACACCUCCGACCAAAAAAGCCAAGAGAGUUCGAUUCUUCCGCAAUGGAGAUAAAUAUUAUACAGGUGUGGUAAUGGCAGUGACACCUGAAAGAUAUCGCAGCUUCGAUAGUCUCGCGUCCGAUCUGACUCGUGCCCUGGUUUCGAGUGUUACCCUGCCGAAUGGGGUGCGAACGAUAUAUACCAUGGAUGGUCACAAGGUACAGAGCGUCAGCGACCUAGAGGACGGCAAGUGCUACGUGGUGUCUGGCCAGGGUGAAAUCUUUAAAAAGGUUGAAUAUUCAGCGUCCAAGGUCCGUCGGGGGAGCUCGCUGUCUGGGCUGCCACAGUCGCCGGCAGCUAGCAGUGGUGGCGGUGGUACCGGUAGGCAGACCAGCGCCAUUCCGUUGUGCGUGAAAGCGCGCAUCGUGACGCUGAUCCGCCACGGUACCAAGCCACGUAAGGUCGUGCGGUUAUUGUUGAAUAAACGCAACGCGCCGAGUCUCGAGCACGCGAUGGAAGCGAUUACGGAGGCGGUAAAACUCGAUACUGGGGCGGUGAGGAAGGUGUACACGUUGUCAGGUCAGCAAGUGACCUUGCUCGAGCAAUUCUUUGAGAAUGAUGACAUCUUCGUGGCUUACGGCCCGGAGAAGUCCGUACAGGAAGAUUUUGAGCUGGACUUCGAGGAGAGUAAGAGUGUUCAGAGUUUCCGCCGAUGUCCGUGGAGUUCCAAGCGACAGAGCGGCCCGAUGCCGCGGAUGCCGAGAAAGUCUGGCAAGAAGACGCUUACCACGCCGCAAGUCAGGACUCCCAGUCCGUCAUCUUUGAUACUGCCACAGCCUCUGAGAUUGCAUUACACCGUAGGACACAUAAUUGGAGACGGAAACUUUGCCGUCGUUAGGCAUUGCACUCACAAAUCUAGCGGAGCUGAAUACGCUAUGAAAAUUGUGGAUAAGUACAAGUGUCAAGGAAAGGAGACAAUGCUAGCCAGCGAGGUAGCGAUACUAAGACAAGUUUGCCAUCCCAAUAUAAUCAGUUUGAUUGCGGAACAAGAUACUGCCGAUCAGCUAUUUUUAGUUAUGGAACUAGUUAAGGGUGGAGAUUUAUUCGAUGCAAUCGCAGUAGCGACGAAAUUCUCCGAGGCAGAAGCGAGUGUGAUGAUUAGUCACUUGACUUCCGCCUUGGCUUACUUACAUUCGCAUCAUAUCGUACAUCGCGACGUUAAGCCGGAGAAUCUUUUAGUUGAGAUGGAUGGCAGUCACGUUAGGUGCUUGAAACUAGGUGAUUUUGGACUCGCGCAGGUAGUGCGAGAACCUUUAUACACAGUCUGUGGUACACCUACUUACGUGGCACCGGAAAUUCUCGCCGAAACCGGAUAUGGUUUAAAGAUUGAUGUAUGGGCGGCCGGAGUAAUUCUGUAUAUUCUCUUGUGCGGCUUUCCACCAUUCGUAUCGUUAGAUAACGAACAGGAAGAAUUAUUUGAGCGUAUUCUGAGCGGUCAAUAUGAAUUUACAUCGCCGUAUUGGGAUACGAUAUCGGAUUCCGCAAAGCAGCUCAUCUCGAACAUGUUGCAGGCACAGCCAGAACUUCGCUUCAGCGCGGAGGACGUGUUAGAUCAUCCGUGGCUCGCGCAGAGCUUUCUAGGAGGCGAGCAGACCACAACAGCAACUGCUGCCGACGCACCGGCGGAGCAAUACUGGAAUCAGCAGCGUAAGCCGAUAAGAUUGGCUACCUUUGAGUUCGACUUCAAGAAGCAGCGCAGUCAACGACAGGAUGACGAUACCAGAACAAGAGCUGAGUGGAAAAAUGAUAUUGAUCGUUGCGACGCACCGGAGUUCAUCAAUACCCAGAGAAAAUCGGAUGAGCGAAAUCAUGAUGAAAUUGAUUUUGCCAACGGCAAUAGCAACGAAAACGAUUUAAUGUUUCUUAGUUCCGACUGUCUGAAAGACAUCAAUAGUCUGAGCCGAUCAAUGCACGAUUUAAUAGAUAAUCUAAACUAUAACAGAAGGCCGCGACGUCGUCUUGAAUCGCAAAGCGCUACUUCGUCGCUUAACAGCAUUCCAGAGAAUUUAAAUACGUGCAAUUGUCGCAGCAAUUCACCGGUUUAUUGCAGCAAAAUCGCCGAGAAGAUAGUCACGGAUUCUAGGAAUCAUCGAGGCGAUCAGAAAAAUGGAAACUCGGUAAAAGAGCCAAAAUAUUUUCACUCAAAUUGUGAAACGCCGAAGUCGGCGAAUAAAUCCAUCGUCAAGAAUCGGCAAAAUACAUGUAACCAAAAGAACUUGUACGAGAUGAGUCGUGAAAGCAGAUUCGACAGCGAUGACUUUCGCAACAGCAACGCGACUGCGUCGACAUCGAGUGACAGUCUGACAGGCGAUAGUUCGACCGGCAAUGACAUCGAGACUUCUGACAGCUUUGUAAACAUUCAAUUCGCGCGAUUGGCACGUGGCCCAAAAUCGAGCUCGACGCAAAGCAUGGAAUCGACUGAUAGUUUCGAGAAUGUGAGUUUUCGGUACACGAACCGGAACAACUGUCUCAAGGAUCAUUCAUCGCAGAUAUCUUCCAAGCUCACGAAUAAUCAGGAUCAGAAUACGUCUGCUACGAAGAUACUGCAAACCCGAAUAGCUGUGCUGAAUACAUUAAGAUCACCUAAAUCGAACAAUCAGCUCGACAAAAAGAACUGCAAUAGUCCGUUUAGUAGGGUUCAAGAAAUGGGUAAAUGCGGAAAGAACGAGCCAGUGAAGCUACGACAGGAAAGAUACAUUAAUAGGAAGAGUCAGAUAGAUCCCAGAAAUGCCAAGAGCAAGAGAUACAGUUGCUUUUCUUCAUGCGCAACGAAGAGAUCGCCUGAGGAAGUCGGCGGCAGCGGCGGCGGCAGCGGUGAUAAAGUCACAACGCGGAAGUUUAGCUCGACGGAUGAAUUACGCGACGAAACGAGACAGAAGUCGACAACGCGGACAAAACGGUUUAGCUUGUAUUAUACACCGCAGCCGUUGAGGAAGACAUACGAGAGUGAAGCGAAGACCGGGAGGAUCACGUACAAGUCGACGGGUCGCACUCAGCGAUCUGAGGUGAACAAGGGAAGGGACGAAGAGGAGGUGGAAAAAGUAGAGAGGGUGGAAAAAGUAGAUAGGAGCCGAAGAUCAGUGAUCGACGCCUCGACGAUUGCUAGCAGGGGCAAAUCCAACAGGCAAAAUGUUCACGUGAAAACAAGCGGCGUACUGAACACGACCAGGACGAAGUGAUAACGAGUAGCGUAGAGUCGAGGUGAUUCGCCAAAGGUGUGUGGACGCUGACUUACGACUAGUUCGCGCCAGAGCGACGAAAUCCAAAGUUCAAACGCUUUAAAAAUGGGGCAAUUGUGGUAUUGGUAUUGUUUAAAGUCAUUAAGUUGAUUGACACUCUUGCGUAGCGAUUGAAAAAGCGAGCUUCAUCGAAGUUGAGAACUAUUUUCUUAAUGACUGUGUACACGCGAGAAAAGUUUCGCGUCGCUUUAAAUUUUAUUAAAUUGAAAUUACGAAGGGCUAAAUAGAAUGACACUAAACAUUUUGCGAUGGUAGAAACGAUCUCAUAAUCCUUAGAUUUUGAACUUUCAGAUUUAGAUUGACAGUAGUGACAGUGUUAACGAAAAGCUACAAUAAUCGAUAAUUUCUAUUUUUUUCUGAAAGUUUUCAGGUCAUUAAUUACAAUAAAAAUAAAAAAUGAAAUAUAAAACGAUGGGUUAGAAAGUUAUAAUAUUUCUUUAAGGCAUUUUACCGACAAAGUAGUAUUGGGAAAUAAUUGUACAGGUGUUAAAAAGUGCAGUUAUAAUACUUUUCAUUGAUGCCAUUCAGAAAGAGAUCCUCGAAUCUUGUAGAUAAUUCAACACAGAAUAGUGUGAAAUGGUGUAAAACUUUUUUUUAAAUUUACGUAUAUUUCCAUACAAUUUUUAAUACAGUUGAAGAUUGAAUAGCUGAAAAAGACCAAAGACAGAUAUAUAAUCGCAAAGUGUGCAAAAGAUUUUUUUAAAGAAUAAAACUGGAUUUAAAUUCAUAUCUGCAAAAAUUAAUUACUUACCAGUAUUAACUUCUAGAGUUAAUCUGGAGGACUUGUUAGUUAUUAAAAUCCCGGCUGCAAUUCGUCCUUUUUUUAGAUAUUAUCCUUUUAGUUAGAGUAAGAAUAAUAUAUAAUUAAUCUUGCGUGAUAGAGAGUGCUAAUCGAUGAUGACGUAACCAGUCCUUAAUCGUCCGGGAGGAUGACUAUGUCAACAGCACUGAGAUAGUAGUAGAUCGAUAGCGAAUGAUGACGAUGACGGAGAUUGAAGCGGGCGAGUUUGGAAUUAAGAACAAAACAUGCCAAAUGCAUUUAAGUAGGUUAUUUUAUAUCGGAUGUCUAUGUAAGUCUAGUUAUAGAUAAAACGCAAAUAGACAGAGUAUUCAAUCAACCCUUUCGGUUCCAUGACGCGAAAAAGGCUUUAACAUAUAUGUGUUAACGUAAAAAUUAAUUUUAGCGACUUUUAGCUUAUUUAUAUAUUGAUAUUUGAACGUCUCUUUUAAACUAAAGGAAAUUUGUUUUAAGAAAAAAUACGAUUUUAAGGUAAAAGUUACACCGAGUAGUUUCUCGAAGAGUGCAAUGUAUGAUCGAAAGGGUUAAGGUAAAAAAUAAUAACUAGGAGGAUAAAGCUUCAUUUUCGAGCGAUUAGUGAUUAACGAUUAGCGAUUAGCGAUUAGCGAUUAGCAAUUGGUAUUUAAUAGCGUAAGAAUUUUCGCAACGGAAGACAAAGGGCGACGAAUUGGGCGAUUUUGGGAUGCUGGAUAAGCGUAGUGGACAUUGAAUUUAUUCAAGGAAAAGCGAGAAGAUAAUUAUUUUUGUAAAGGAACCGCGUCGUAUUAGCAAUAAGAUAUGACACUGGAAAAUUGACGAACGAGUGCAUGCGCUGCAGAAAAAGAAAGAUGACUAUUAUUAAAAUUAUUUUUGUAGGUGUUGAUAAAGUGAAGGCAAGAAUUGACAGUGUCGUCUUUAUCAAAAUGGAAAAUCAGGAAAAUAUUCUUUCACAUAACUGAUUUUAUCAAAUGAGUAAAGAAUGUUGAAAGAGGACGUUUUUUGCAAAAAAAAACAAAAAAUUAUUUUUAUAAUAAGUCAGUUUCAACUGUAUGCAAUUAUUUAUU